AUGGCCGUCCCUGCCGGCCUCGCCGCCUCCACCACGCUCCCGCUGCUGCUCCUCGUCUGGUGGCUCCCGCUCCUCGCGUCCGCCUGCGACCGCUGCGUGCGCCACUCCAAGGCCGCCUACUACACCUCCUCCCUCACCCUCGCCGGCGGCUCCUGCGGGUACGGCACCGAGGCCGCCUCCUUCAGCGCCGGCUUCCUCGCCGCCGCCAGCCCCGCGCUGUACCGCGCCGGCGUCGGCUGCGGCGCCUGCUUCCAGGUGCGUUGCAAGGACAAGAAGCUCUGCGCCGCGGCGGGCGCCAGGGUGGUGGUCACCGGUCUAGCCAGGACCAACCGAACCGACCUCGUGCUCAGCAGCACCGCGUUCGCCGCCAUGGCGCGCCCCGGCAUGGCCAGGCGCCUCGCCGGCCUCCGCACCGUCGACGUCGAGUACAAGAGGGUGCCGUGCGAGUACAAGCACAGGAACCUGUCGGUGAGGGUGGAGGACAAGAGCCGCGCGCCGGGGGACCUCGCCAUCAGGUUCCUCUACCAGGGCGGCCAGACCGACAUCGUCGCCGUCGACGUCGCGCAGGUGGGUUCGUCCAACUGGAAGUUCAUGACGCGCGACAACGGGCCGGCGUGGAGCACGAGCCAGGCGCCGCCGGGGCCGCUCCAGCUCAGGGUGGUGGUGACGGGCGGCUACGACGGCAAGUGGGUGUGGGCCGACCGCGAGGUGCUGCCGCGGCGGUGGCGCGCCGGCGAGGUCUACGACACGGGCGUCCAGAUCACUGACAUCGCCCAGGAGGGCUGCUUCCCCUGCGACACGCACGAGUGGGGAGUGAACGGCAGAAGCCAGAAGCUGAAGCUGAAGCUGGAACGGAAUUGGGCCUCUGGCUGGCCCUGA